AUGGGCAACCUCGAGUCUCUGCCACCACGACGACCCCCGCUGGCACCAAGGCCCGAGGGGCUGGGCGUGUAUGAGGACAUGCUCGCCUCGGGAGAGGGUACGGUCGUGGUCCUGGACCGAUACAUGCAGUGGCAGAAGGACGCCGUGCUUUUGCACACCGUGACUGGUGUGCCCGUGAUCCAGUGCCUCGGGUACGACACUUGGAACAAGAAGAAGGUGAUCCUCGACCACGAGGGCAACCGCCUGUUCCGUAUCGACAGCGCGCCCAUGCUCAGCGGAGGAACCAAGUACUUUGGCGUAGACACGAGCGAGAACGAGCUGUUCUGCCUGUACUCCAAGGGCGCACUCACGCCCGGGUACGCGGUCGAGUUUGUGGACCACUUUACCGGCGUCAACCGCAAGAUUGACGUCGAGGGCAACUAUACCAAAAACGUCAUCACCCUGUCGAGCCGCGGCGCGCCCAUCGGUCGCAUCGUGCGCUCGUGGAUGCGCAUGGAGAUGGGGUACGGCCCUGGAACGUACUGGCUCGAAGUGGCCGAGGGCGUCGACAUUGCGCUGCUGGCGGCAAUCAGCAUCUGCCUCGACGAGAUGGCCAAGGCGUCCAAAUUCAACGGCCGAAACCAGUCUGUGGUGAACAACAACAAUAAUUUUGCGUUCCAGAUGGCCAUGAACGCGGGACCGGCAGGAUUGGGGCCUGGCGGCGUACCGGGAGGUAAUGCGGCGGGUGGCAUGUUCUGA